AUGCUAAGAUCAAAAUAUUCAGCGCGUAUCGUCCCAACUUCUACUACUACUACUAUUACUGCUACCGUCAACCGCAGCAUUUUAUUAGCUGAAUAACAAACAAUAUAUCUAUAUCACUGCGACCGCAUCCAAACGUCGGCGAUCGAGCAAUGCAAUAAUGAUCACCUACACAACCAUCCUAAAUUUUCACCCAACCAUCACCACCAACCACCAAUACUACUACUACUACCACCACCACCACUACUACCACAUGCUCACAGUUGUUUUGGGCAAAAUGUCUAGGUACCGCGAGUGGGAUUUGUCAUGCAAAGUUUACGUCGGAAAUUUGGGAAGUAGUGCCAGUAAACACGAGAUUGAGAACGCCUUUAGUCAAUACGGUCCACUGAGAAAUGUCUGGGUCGCCAGGAACCCUCCAGGGUUCGCGUUUGUCGAGUUUGAGGACCCCAGAGACGCCGAAGACGCUGUGCGCGGGCUGCAUGGAAAACGUUGCUGCGGUACCAGAGUAAGAGUUGAAAUGUCCUCGGGAAGGAGCCGUCGUGCAGGAGGUGGCCGUAGACCUGGACCCAAAUACUCUAGGUCGAGAUCGCGCAGUCCCCGUAGAAGAUCUGAAUCUCGCUACUCCAGGUCACGCUCGCCAAGUCCGAGGUACUCGCCCUACGGUGAAUAUCGCAGUACAGAAUCCAGGUCGCGCAGUCCACGUAGGAGAUCGCUCACUCGCAGUCGCAGCCGAGAUCGUCGUUCCAGAUCUGAUUCCCGGCGAUCAGCUUUACGACUUAUUUAA